AUGUCUAGAGAAGAUCUAAUAGAAAGUUCUAAUGUUACAGACCUUACUUCUGUAUCUGUUGAACCACUGCUCACUCUAAAACUCGGUAAACGGAUGUACUUUGAGGAUUUAUGCCUAGAAACUGAUCCCAAAAACUUUGGGGAUUCCAUGUCGAGUUUAAGUAUUGGAAAGAAAUGCAAGUCCGAUAGCCGGAACUUACAAUGUUCGCGCUGUCAAGUUGAAGGUUGUGGCCUUGACCUUUCAUCGGUGAAAGAUUAUUAUCGCAAACAUAGAGUUUGUGAAACUCAUUCCAAAUCUCCUAAAGUGGUUAUAGCUGGUUUGGAACGACGAUUUUGCCAGCAAUGUAGCAGGUUCCAUGCUCUUUUUGAGUUUGAUGAAAAAAGAAGAAGCUGUAGACGACGUCUUUCACAUCAUAAUGCAAAGCGGCGUAAACCUCGUCCUUCUGAUGUUGUCCAAUCAAGCCAAUCAGCUUUGUCUUCUUCGCGAUGUGAUGAAGAGCAACAGAUGAGUCCAUUUUCGUAUUCAAAGACUGCUACAAAUUUAGCCUUGCAAAACAUAGAUAACAACUUGCUCCUCCAAACCAAAGAUUUUCUCUUGAAGCCUGCAAAAGAUAACAUUGACGCACCAAGUACUGUCACUAUGCUUUCUCACGAUUCUAAUGUCAAUUUUACAUCCAAAGUCAUUGCAACCAAGAGUAUCAUCAAUCCAGGUGUAGAAGAUUUCAUUACCUUUUCUGAUACAAAUGCAACACAAGACUUUACUUGUGCUCUCUCUCUUCUGUCAACCAAUCCGUGGGAUUCGUAUGCGACUGAAUCUAUUUCUCUAGAACAUUCUAAUCGCACAAGCAGUUGUGGUCAAGCCAUAACACAUGCAAUGAGUGAGGGCACGGCGCUUGCUUCAUCAGAAUAUAUUAGUGAGCAUGAUCAACAUGUCAAUUCCAGCAUGUGGAUAUCAAACUCAAACUGUGAAGAAAGCAAUCACUUUCAAGAAUUUCAACUGUUGAGAGAACCUUAUGAAUCUGGUUUUCACCAGUUGGACUAA